AUAUUAUCAUUUUGGCAGUGCCUUUUUGGAAAAGUAGUCAGUUAUUAAGUUUAAAAUUGUAAAGACAGUUUAGGUAAAUUUAUAUCUUAAAAGAAAAACUGUAAUCACUUAAUUCUUGCCACUGUAUUUCUGAUAAUAAAAAUAUAUUGACUGAAUAAAAUGUUUUCAAACAGAUUGUACAUUUAUCUUUUGUCCUAGACAUCUUGUUUUUAUCUGAAGUAGGCAAAACUUAAAACUAAUGUAAAAGCAGUUGUUUGGAAACUGUUGAAUCUUUUUGUAAACAUUAGAAUGAAAUGAAGUUUUCUGAAAGAGUUUGGUUAAGCAUUGAGCUAGAGCAUACCAUUCUUACACGAGAAGUUUUAACCAAGAGGCCAACCUAUUAAUAGUUUUAGCUGAGAAGUUUUUUCAUUGUUUUAUGUGUUUGUUUUGCAGAAUUUUGAUUCCCAAUGUUUGAUAAUCAGGAAGUAAAAAGGAAGCUUUGCACUUAUUUUUUGAUUUUGGUCACAAUUUUGUAAGUUGGUAAAUUUGAUUAUUUUGGCUAGGAAAAAUAUAUACACAUGUAUACAUAAACAUGUAAUUUCUUUAAAUGUUCUAGAUAAAACCAUUUAAUCAAACUAUUUGGGUAUGUUUGGAAUAUUGGAGGUGAUAUGAUGUAUUGUGUAUAGACAAAGGUUAAAGAAAACUAGUUUAGAAAUUGGAAUAUCGUUCCUUCAUUUUGUGUGUGUGUGUGUGUGUGUGUAUGUGGUGUGUUUUUCCUUUGCUCUAGUGGUAUUCCCCCCACCCCCUGCAAACCUCUGGUGUAUUUUCACUGAUAGUGAUGUCAGGUUAGGUACUUUUGGGGGAAGCAUUGGAAAGGAAAACAGCAAGGGAGAAGAGUACUGGAUCUUCAGGGAAUGAUUGGGAGGGAAGGCAGUCUGGGGAAUUGGUUUCUAUGGGUAGCUCAUGAGAGAGCUUUGCAGUAGAAGAGGAGACAAAUCUUUUGGGAGGUUCAGGGGAAUACAGGGUCAGUAAUUAGACAUUUCAGGGAGUCAUUGGAAUUGAAAGAAGCAGUCAAAGUACAGAGGGAAGUCUUGUGGAUAUUCCUCAAAGGAAGCCAGUGAGGGAAAGCAAUGAACUCCUUUGAGAAAAUUCUGGCGUAGGAGCAGGGGGGAAUCUCUCAACUAUCUUUAUUGUUGGCUCCUCUUAACUCUCUGGUGUGUGACAGGAUUGGUGUGGUUAUAAAUGGGUUGGCCCUCUAAAUCUAUUUUUGUAGGUUACUGUCUUUCUGAUUUCCUUUUCUUUUUACAGUCUUAUAUGAAUAUGGGAAUGGCUGAAGGCUUUAUUGCUAUAUGUAUGUUGCAUGCUAUGUGGAUCUUUUAAGGUGUGACUUUAUCAAAGUUGGCAUCUAAAUGCAAAGGAAAAUGCAGGGCAAGCUUGUUCUCUAGUUGGGGUUCCUGUCACCAGACCGUAGCAUUGUGGAACAAUGGAUAUAUUACCUGAAUUCACUAGGUACAAGCAGAGUCCCUGCUUCCAUGCAUGCCCUUAUCAGUGUUUAAAAUAGUGCCCUGUACUCUGAGUGCUCUCUUUAAAGAGAAUACCUCCUUCUCAUUCUCUUCCUUUCCCUAUCGUUUAUGAAUGUUUGGGGGGGGGGAAUGCUUUUAUUUCAAUAGCUAGAAAAUGUGGGAAAACAAGAUUACAAGGUCGAGGUGAAAGUAGUACAAGAUUGGAAGAAUGAAAAUCUUUUUCUUCACUCAGAGUAAAAUGAUACUUUUGGCUCAAGACCAGGGGAACAUGGGAGAGUUAGGAUGGUGCAGACAGGACUAGCAACAAGUUUGUUAAGGAAUGGGCUGUGAGCGCCUUGUCUCUGCCCUGUGGUUUACUGUUGUAUCUGAGUUUUAACUCUUUGUUUCUUGUCCGUUGGAAGCAGUGGUAGAGAGAUUACACUAAGCUUUAAAACCACAGGAAAACAAAACUUUUAAAACACUGUGUGGUAGCCUAAAUCAGGUUACCAGGUUUUGUUUUAACUGUACUAGUAAUGUUUUUCUGAAAGUUUGCACAACCUCUAGAAAUGGAAUAGUUAACUCUUUUUCCCCCUUCCAUUUUAUCUGUAUUGCAAUAGAACCUGAGGUGUGUGAGCAUCAAAACACAAUUUUAAUGAAAUGAAGGAAACAAAACACAGUUUUAUCCAGAAAAUACAUUCCUUUAAAUACUAAAAAUCUUAUGAAUAUGCUAUUUAUAUAACAUAAUUAUCAUCACUUUUAUUCAGUACAUUUCAAAAUAUAGUACUUUUUUAGCAAAUUCAAAGUAAUUUUAACAUUUCCUUAUAAAUCUGAUCACUAUAUUUGUAACUAAGAACGAAUUUUACAAUGGGGCUAUUUGAAUAUUGUUUCUCUUAAUAAUAGUUGUAACAAUUAUCAUCUUUAACACAUCCAUAUGGACCUUAAAUAGCUCCUUCUUAAACUACCUUUAAAAUUUUAUUACAUUCUUAUUUCCCCUACUUAUCCAAAGUUACAAAACAAAUAUUUUUUUGAAGAUCAAGUAUAUAGUAAUUUUAUUGUAAGAAGAUACUUUUUUUCAGAGAAUGGAGGUAGCAAUACCUCCAUUGCUUGAAAGGUUCAAGUCAUUUCUUAUCCUUUCCUUAAAAAAAAACAACUAUUAUUAUUAAUUUAUCGUUGUCAUCAUGUACUCAUUCACUAUUUCAUUUAAUGUACAUUCAUUAAGUGCCCACUAAACUUUCAUUAAUCCUUUUUAGUCUGAUUUUAUAAAUCAGGUUAUCUUUUAUAAGCAUUAAUAAAAAGUUUAAAAAUUAUCCUUUUAUGAUUGUUUAUUAAGCUGCUGGUCCAGGCUUUGGAGACAGUCAGCACUAGCUUCAAAUCCAAGUAUUGCCAGUAGCUGUGAUAUUUGUCUGUCAUCAUUUUUCACAGUCUAUCAUUGUUCACCCAAACGAAUCACUAGCUACUGACUGACCUGUGUGAAUAAAUUAGUAUUCCUGAGCCUCAGGUGACUUGCCUAUAUAAAGUGAGAAUGCUUAUAUUUGUUAAGAUUGUUAGAUUAGUUGUAUAUUUAAGCCCCCUAUAUAAUAUUUGGAGCAUGAUAGGAGCCCAGUUACUUGUUUAUAUUGUCCUUAUCCUGACCAUUAUAUGGAUUUGAGCCUUCAGUUAUUUCCUUGGCUCCCUGCCAUCUUACCUCUCUUAUUUUUCUAGUACUGCUUACUCCACUUAUUCUAGAAUGAAAAUGAAUGUUAUUGACUGUCCGUUUCUCAUUUGCUUCCAUCUCCGUGUCUUCAUGCAUGCUGUUUUGCUUGCUGCUGGAGAGCAGCAUAGUAUUAGUAAGGAAGAAUUCCUUUUUAAAAAAAGUUUUUCUUUCUCUGACUUAGCUAGAAAUGUGACAGGAAGAGUAGAAUAUUUGAUUAUUAGUUAAAUUAACAGUAUAAUUUUCUAUAAAUUCAAUAUAUGGAGAGUGUUCUUUUAAAUAUUAUAUUUAGUCUUACUAAAACUCAUUUUGCUAUAUGUUGUGAAUUUUUGUGCAUUCUUUUUGCUGAUUUCUGAUAAGUUAUUAAGAUUUUGUGAGGUUGACAUUUUAUUUCUUUUAAAAAUUUCAUAUUUCUUGUACAUUGGGAACAAAGAAGAGGUGCAAAAACAACUUCCAAACUUGGUGAAUUGUGAACUGCUCUGGUUAUUUUAUUUUUUUAAUUUCAAAAUAUUAAGGGGGUACAAAUGUUUUUGUUACAUGGACACACUGUAUAAUACUGAAGUCAGGGCCUUCAGUGUGCUUGCCACUAGGACAGUGUUCAUUGCACCCAAUAUGUAAGUUUUUAUCCCCCCUCCCUCAUUUUGUUUGUAUUGCAUUUAAUGGUCAAGCACUAUACUUGUAUUUUGCAUUUUAAUUCAGUAUCGAAAAUUCAUUUUGCAAAUUUUGUCUUUUUCCAUGUUCUCUUUAUGCUUCAAGAGCUUACUACCUUUGCUCCAGCUGGAUAAAAGUUGGGCAAACAGAUACCUAGACAACUGCCAACGGCCCCAUGCCUUGGCUUCCUGGGUAAAGAAAGUUGUCAGUAUUUCUGGGAUUACACAUCUGUCCCAUCUGAAAGAUGCCACUCAUGAAUUCUAAUGAAAAUAUAAUAUGAUUGAAAACAUGAAAAUCACCACAACUUAAAAAAGCUUUUUUUCCCUGGUUUUAUCUAAAAAAGUGAAAAAGAUCUAUUUAGCAGAUUCAAGCCUAAUUGCUUCCUGUUGGCUUGCAUGGUGACACUGCUAAGUGCCAGGUUUGAAUACUAGUAACCCGUCAUGGAUCAGUUAUCUGAAAUGGCAGGUUUAUUUGUUAAGGGAGGAAUGACAUUAUUUCCUGUCCUUUAGACAGAACUGAAGUGAGAAUAUAGUGGUAAGAAAGAAUGAUUCUUUGCACUUUAGGUGUGAAUGUACUAUCAUUUGUGCUGCUAACUUGAUUGCCACAGCUACUAUCAUUAGCAUCUUGGACCAAACAUGGAACAAGCUGUACUGUAUUUUAUGUAUGAUGGAAUACAGAGGCCGAUUAAAAAUACCCUGAAAGUUGUUGGAUUAUUUGUUUGAUAGCUGAUUGUGGUCUUAGAUGUUAGAGUCUUAGAGUUAUUUUCAUUUGUGGAUUUAAGCAUUUUUAAUCAUUGCUUUUUAACAUUAAAUAUAAAUUUAACUUGGAGCCUGGGAAGGAUUUUCUCCAUUUGAACUAAUUUGUUUUGUAAUUUCAGAAUCAUCUUAAUAGUGGUAGUGUCAGUCAUCAGAAAAACCUCCAUGUAUGGGAAAUAUAUAUCAUAAUCCCUUUUCCUAGUGCAUUCUUAUGGUAGAUUGGAAUAAAGGUAUCUAUUCAGAUGGUUAUGUCUUUCCUGGACUUCUGUAAGUAAAGAUACUUUUAGAUUGGCAUUUAAAAGAAGAAAAAUCUUUUAAGGUUGGAGACAUAAUGAGUAAUGAUGAUUUGGAGACUGCCUCUUAUAUUUCUCUCCAAUCCCAGUCACUAUGUAGUGCUUUAAAUCACCAGUGAAAGCAUUUUCAUGGUUUAUGAGAUUUUUUAAAAAGCAGGUUUGAAACGUAUGGAAUGAUUUACUGAUACACCACAACUUAUCAUUAUAGAUGCAAGAAUGGUUUCUGUGCACAUCAUUUUGUUCCAUUGUAUUCAUUUUGUUUCAUUUUCUCAUAGUGAUAGGGAAUAUAGAUUUUGUUUCAAUAAAAGGUUGUGCACGCAUAUUUCUUUCUCUUUUCCCGUCCCUCACUCCCUCCCUCUCUCCCUGUCUCUGUCUCUGUCUCUCUUUCUCAAUUUGCAUUAAUGCCAAAACUGAUGAGGUCAUAUUGAAGCCAUUAAACAUGAGAAAAGAAAAUACCUUAUAAGUAUUAUAUAUUCCAUAAAAAAAACCUAAAAACUAAACAUUUUAAUGUAUUAUUGACUUUGUUGGCUGUAUAUUAUUGAGCCUUCUUUUACUCUAUACAGGUAACUUCCCCUACCUCACCUUUUUUUUUUUUUUUUUUUAAUACUACAACAUGUUCUGUUAAAGUUGCCAAGUGUUCCUAAGUAUAUCGUGGUUUAGUGUGAGGAACUUCAUUUAAUAAUUUAAAUGUAAACCUGUGAGGUUACUCUUAUGGUUUGUUCCAUAGUUUGUUUAGUGACUAUUUUACAGUAUGGAAGGUCUUCUCUACUGCUCUAUAUUAACUCACGACUAUGUUAAACUCUAGUUGAUUUUGUAAAUAGCCUUUUAGGACAGUAUAUAUUAAAUGUGUGGUUUUCAUCAGUGGCCACGUGAUAUAUUGAUGAUUAUGCUAUUUUUUAAAUUGAUAUCAGGUUUGAAUUAGAUUUGUAUAAGUGAAAUAUCAUCAAUAAGGAUUUUUAGUUUUAAAUUUUAGUUUGUUUUUACUAUAAAACAGUCAGUAUACAUCAUUCCUGAAAUCAAGUAUUCUUUGGAACUGUCCUACUUAAUGUGUGGUCUGUUGGUUGGAAAGUGUUACCAGUCUGUCUUAAGAUAAGUAUAGAAGUUGAGUAAAUGCUUAAAACUUUUAUAGAAACUUGACAAAGUAAUAAAAAUUAGGGGCUUGUAUUUUGUUUUUGUCAAAUUUGAUUUUUACUGUGUUAUACAAAUGUGAUAAAUUGGAAAUUUAAAAACAUGGUCUUUCCCACAAAUCACUUAAGGAACACUGCUUUAGAAGACAUAAGAAGACUUCUCUAUGUGCUCAGUGUCAGUUAGUUUAAAUGCAAUACGUUAAAAUAUAAACAUAUCUCAAUCCAACUUACUUUACUAACCUACCUUUGUAGGUAACUAUGUAAAUUUUGUAAAUAAAAUGGAAAUAGAAACGAAAGCCUACUGUUUACUGAAUCUAAAGCAGUAGAGCCUUUACUCAUAUGCCUAAUGAUAAGUAUCAUUUAUUAAGUGCUUAUAAUGUGCAACAGUUGUUUUUUUUUUAAUCUCAUUUAAUCCUAUAAAAGCACAAUGGGGUAAGUUCCAUAUUACCCUCACUUUAGAGAUGUAGAACUAAGGGUCAGAGAGGUUAAAAAAUAGCUUGUUGGUCACUUAGCUAACUAGCUAAGCUGACAUUAAAACAUGUUUUUGUUCAUAAUAAGAUUCGCCUCCUGUAUAUUACAUUUUUUUCUUUUCAUAGAGGAGGUAAAUACAUCUACUUGGUAAAGAAUGUUGUUUUGUGCUUAUAGUUUUAAGUUGUGUGUCAUACUGUAACAUCAGGAGCUAAUUAGUGGUAGAAAAGGAAAGCUCAAGUAUUUGCAAAUCCUCAGUGGUAAAUUAAUAUAAGAGAAUAUAAGAUGAGCCUUCAUCACCCAUGUUGCUCUUGACCUGAGUUUGUUCUAACAAAUUAUUGCUAAGUGCAAAAUUUUAAUGAUAACUUGUUCAAGUUUUAGUUGAUACAGCUUAUAAGGGCAAAGUGGAUGAGAUGUGAUUUUUGAAUAGCAUCUCUACUCUUCAUGUGGACAUAGACAGUCAACCUUCAGGAAGUGUGUACAUGAUACUUGCAUCUAAUAGUAAUAUUUAAGAUAUUUUUCUCCUUCAAUCUGUUUAAUUAUCUUUGCAAAUGAAAAGAAAGACGAAGAGGGAGGAAGGAAGGAAGGAAGAAAGGAAAGAUUGACUUUCCUCAUGUAGGAUUUCCAACUAAAUAAGCCUUCAGAUCUUCAUCAGUAUGUGAGUAAACUCAGCUCAUUUCCUAGAUGCUUUUCAUAAAAUUCUGUAAUUUGACUAUCUUAUAUUUAGUUGGAUUUAUAUUUUGUUCUUCUUUAUUUGGUCUGUUCAACUGCUGAUCAUUGAUGUCCAUCUGCCUGAUAACCUCUGGACAAUGGUUAAGGAUUGAGGAUAAAAGCUGUCAAGGGCAAGACUAGAAGAGCAAAUUCAGUAAAGGUAGAAAUGCAGAGUGAUGAAGAGUGUGACAGGAAACCCCUGAGCCGCGAAGACGAGAUCAGGGGCCAUGAUGAGGGUAGCAGCCUAGAAGAACCCCUAAUUGAGAGCAGCGAGGUGGCUGACAACAGGAAAGUCCAGGAGCUUCAAGGCGAGGGAGGAAUCCGGCUUCCGAAUGGUAAACUGAAAUGUGACGUCUGUGGCAUGGUUUGCAUUGGGCCCAAUGUGCUUAUGGUACAUAAAAGGAGUCACACUGGUGAACGCCCCUUCCACUGUAACCAGUGUGGAGCUUCUUUUACUCAGAAGGGCAACCUUCUGAGACACAUAAAGUUACACUCUGGAGAGAAGCCGUUCAAAUGUCCUUUCUGUAGCUACGCCUGUAGAAGAAGGGACGCCCUCACAGGACACCUCAGGACCCACUCUGUGGGUAAACCUCACAAGUGCAACUACUGUGGACGAAGUUACAAGCAGCGCAGUUCACUGGAGGAGCACAAGGAACGCUGCCACAACUAUCUCCAGAAUGUCAGCAUGGAGGCUGCUGGGCAGGUCAUGAGUCACCAUGUACCUCCUAUGGAAGAUUGUAAGGAACAAGAGCCUAUUAUGGACAACAAUAUUUCUCUGGUGCCUUUUGAGAGACCUGCUGUCAUAGAGAAGCUCACGGGGAAUAUGGGAAAACGUAAAAGCUCCACGCCACAAAAGUUUGUGGGAGAAAAGCUCAUGCGAUUCAGCUACCCAGAUAUUCACUUUGAUAUGAACUUAACAUAUGAGAAGGAGGCUGAGCUGAUGCAGUCUCAUAUGAUGGACCAAGCCAUCAACAAUGCAAUCACCUACCUUGGAGCUGAGGCCCUUCACCCUCUGAUGCAGCACCCGCCAAGCACAAUCGCUGAGGUGGCCCCAGUUAUAAGCUCAGCUUAUUCUCAGGUCUAUCAUCCAAAUAGGAUAGAAAGACCCAUUAGCAGGGAAACCUCUGAUAGUCAUGAUAACAACAUGGAUGGCCCUAUCUCUCUUAUCAGACCAAAGAGUCGACCCCAGGAAAGAGAGGCCUCUCCCAGCAACAGCUGCCUGGAUUCUACUGACUCAGAAAGCAGCCAUGAUGACCACCAGUCCUACCAAGGAAACCCUGCCUUAAAUCCCAAGAGGAAACAAAGCCCAGCUUACAUGAAGGAAGAUGUCAAGGCUUUGGAUACUACCAAGGCUUCUAAGGGCUCUCUGAAGGACAUCUACAAGGUCUUCAAUGGAGAAGGAGAACAGAUUCGGGCCUUCAAGUGUGAGCACUGCCGAGUCCUUUUCCUAGACCAUGUCAUGUACACCAUUCACAUGGGUUGCCAUGGCUACCGGGACCCACUGGAAUGCAACAUCUGUGGCUAUAGAAGCCAAGACCGUUAUGAGUUUUCAUCACACAUUGUCCGAGGGGAGCACACAUUCCACUAGGCCUUUUCAUUCCAAAGGGGACCCCUAUGAAGUAAAGAACUGCACAUGAAGAAAUACUGCACUUACAAUCCCACCUUCCUUCAGAUGUUGACAUACCUUUUAUUUUUUUUAAAUAUUACUGUCGAUAAUUCUUAUUUUGUGGACACAGUGUCAUUUGCUCUGCCUAAUAGGGAAGAAACAGAAGAGAGAAGGGAUGGGGACGUUGUUUCUUGAUCACUUGGCUUGUUUAUUUUGUGGGAAUUUAGGAGCAGUUCAUUUCUGCCACACAUAGAUAUAAGGCAUAUCAUGCUUUGGAAAAAAUCACCUGAUUUGUAUGGAUUCACCUAAGAGAUUCUAAUUUGUCACUGAUAUUCAGGAUUAUGAUUGAAGGCAGGAAAGUUUAGAGUUUUCGGGGUAGGACUUCGGCAGUUUAAAAUGGUAUAAGUAAUUUUACUCUUGAAAAAAGAAUUUGUUGCAAAAUGUAAACUGAUUUUUUUGUUGUUGUUCUUUGGAGAUCAUGGAACACAAACGCAUUGUUAUUUUUGGUGAUAACUCCUAGGAUGAGUUGAGUUGUUGUGGGUUCUAUGUUUACUUCCCCUAUGGAAUUUAUAAUUCAGUAUGUUUUACACUGUACCAUAUAGUAAAACUUUUAAACUGCAGGUAGUUAAGGACCACCUAUAAUACAUCUGAGGUCCUGUGAUGUUAUUUUUCUAAACUUAAGCACUGUUUUUCCAUAGUUUUGAUGACUGGCAUUUUAUAGACACCCUGGCAGCCUUACUUUUAACACCUUUGAUGAAUAGUAUUUUUAUGUAGUUUUCAGAAUAACAUAUGGUCUAAGAGUGGAUAAGAGGUAGUCAAUUUCUGGGAGGGACUUCUACUUUUUUCAUAAAUUUGAGAGGUUUUUCUUUUAAAGUUUUAAAUGUGAUGGCAGCAUGGUAUACAUAUUUGUUUCUAAAAGUAUGCUUACGAUUGUCACUUUAAUCAGCAUUUAAUCAGUGUUAACCAGUCAGCAGAAAAAUAUAAUUAGGCUAACAGUAGGGAGAAAUCACACAUAAAAUCCUUUUUCUGGUAUUUCUCUUUUCACUGUUUUUUUUUUUUUUUUUUCAAGCUGUGACCACCCAGUGUUCUCUCCACAGUUCAUUCAUCUUUUACUCUUCCAGUAGAAGGUCUUAAAAGUCUUGCUGUAGGCUAUUUCUUUCAAAGUCUCCUCUGGGCAAUUGCUAAUUUGACCUGAAUGUGGUAACUUGAACCCUGUAAAGUUAUUGAACUAGGGCUAUUUAUUCUAGUAUUUCUUCAGUAAUAUUUACUUCUUUUGCUGCAAAGAAAAGGGAACUUCUUUGUAACCUGUACAUUGGACUACAGAUAAAAUAACCAACCAAGUUUACUUUUAUCCUUCUUGGAGUCUAGAAUGUGACAGAACCUCUAAACAAAGGUCCCGCACAUUUUUCUGUUUCAAAAAUAUUCAUGUCUAUAAAUCCUUGUCAAAAAUUAAUUCCUUAGUGCAGAAUUUCCCUUCUUUAGUCCAUAUAUGACAUAGGUUACCAUUACCAUUUUUAAUGUGCUGCUUUUAAUUUCAUUUAUGUAGGUACUCUGUUAUUUCUUUUCAGUCCAACAGAACUAGAGAGGGGAAUUUAGUGAGACUGAUUGAAAUCAUUGAGGGACACACUUGGAAGGCAGAACUUGCUGCUCGGGUUUGGGGACAGGCCUGUGACUGGAUUAUCUGAUAACCAUUUGUGAAUACUGAAAUUUUGCUAAGCAGUAACUGAUAACUGCUCUAAAAGGUCAUUAAAUAGGAUGCUGAAACUAUGUUUCUUAAUACAGUGUGAUAUGAGAAUUGCCAAGACUGGAGAACUGUGGUCAGAUAAGCAAGUCGGGCUUAAAUAGUGCUCUGAACUCAUUUUCUACUGUACCAUUUGCUUAUUUAAAGCAACUUCUAAGCACUGACACAGCUAGAAUUAAACAAAAGUGGUUACAACUGAGCUCUCUUUUACUGGUUCCUGUCAUAAUUAUUUUUGGAAAAAUUUCCAAACUGUUCCUUUAAAUCUAAUAGAAUAUAUCAAAACGGACAUGUAUAGAAUGUCAACUGUUACAUUUUUUUCUGCAUGCCUUCCUACAUUUUGAACAUACAAUUUAGUCAAAGGUAAAACAUGUCUUUGAGACUCUCUUACUCCCUACCUGCCCUAACCACUCCCAGAUAAUUAGAAUGCCAUUUUUUUUUCCUUUUGGAUGAGGUAAAUAAUUUUAAGGUUUAUUAUUUUUGUGUUUUACUGCAAUUUAAGGAAAUAUUUGGAUACCAGUCAGGACAUUCAUAAUUUUGGCUGGUUAGGCUGUGUGUGACAUCUGCUGGCAUUAUCUAUGAAAUUUCUUCCUGCUUAUUUUUUUUCCCCUAGUACAUGAACAAUCAUGUACCUAUGCCCUGGUAAGAAACUAAAUUUAGGUGAACCUAAGGAGUUUGGGUAGUUCCCUUAUGAAGACAGAACUAAUAAUGCACUCCUUUUCUGAUUUCAUCUUUUUGGAAAUUUAUUUUAUUGAAGUUAGUUAAUAGUCGUGAGAGUGCAUUUUCUACAAGUAUAUACUUGUAUUUUCUUAGCUUCAUAUGAGGAACAGAAAGAGAUAGAGAUGGCUCAGGGUGUGGCAUAGACAAAUAAGGACAAGGUCAAUUCAAACGUGUAGAUUAAAAAGAAUUUUUGUGGACAUAGUACUUUCUGAGAAAUUCUAGAUAGCUAUAUUUGCAUGCCUCUUCUUCAAAAAAGGAAAUAUGCAAGGUGGUAGCACCUAAAAAUAAAUAUGAGGGUCAGAAAUCAAAUAAAUCAUGUUUUAUGUAAUAGUUGUAUGCCCAGUUUAUUUAGGUGAGAUAUCACAUUACAGAAAGUGUUUGAGGGGCAUGAAAAUGGGUUACUCUCUAUAUUUUCCAGUUUGGCAAAAAUUCAGAAAUUCAUCAUAUUGCUUUGCCCUAAUUUUGCCCAGAAUUAUAUCUCCAGCCUCUAUUUAAAAAUGAUGAAUCACAUUUUAAGAGCCAUUCUAAUUGGGCUUUUUAAAACAGUGAAAGUGACCAGUAGUCAGACUGGAAGAGAUAUUAAGUUGUUGAAACGUUCUGUUGAGAAUUUUCUAAAGGAACAAAAUGGGUGAACGAGAAAUUAGAAUUUAGAUUUGACUACAAAAUAGGAAGUGUCUCUCCUACAUACAUAUAAGGCCAUUGUAUGUAUAAAUCAUAGUGUGUAUGUGUGUGUGUAUCACACACAUUCUUUUAAAGAAAAUUCAUGCAAAGGAGCAAUUAGAGUGAUCAGAUGUAUUAUAAAAACAUAGAGAAUUAAAAUUAUAGUUAAUAUCUGAGCAGUUAGGUGGGUUUACUUUACCAGAUUGUAUUAAGAAAUACUAAAGAAGUUACCCAUGUGUCUUUAGGACUAGUGGCAACUACUAAAACUUAGACCUUUGUUAUCUCCUUCCAGAAUGAAGUAAAACAAUGACAAAAAAAGAUUUUAAAAUGAUUUGAUAUAAAUUUAAAGAAAUAUAAAUUCCUUUUUGAAUAGGAAGAAAAUACAGAAAAUAUUAUCAACUUUUAUUUGUUGGCAAAGAAAGGAAGACAAUUUUAGUGAGCUUUGUAGAUUUUUUUUUAUAGUUUUCUCAGUUAUACACCUCACAAAACCCUGAGGUCUUUAUGCUAUUUUAUCAAUGUUUAACAAAAUUUACAUCAGAUUAGGGCAUUUAGAUGAAAAUUAUGUUUUCAUUACUUUUCAAAUCUUAUUCCAUCUCAUCUCCAAAAUUACUUCUUAGAGUAGAAAAAAGCAGAAGAGACUGCAAAAAUAUAAACAAAAAAACUCUAUUCUAUGGCCCUAGUUUCAAGACAGAACUAAUACUGUAAGAGGUACUAGCUACAUUUUUUUUAAAUUUUGGAUUGUUCAUUUUAUGAAAAAGGGAUGUUAUAUUUGUGGUUAUAUUCAGUUAUAUUUAUAUUUUAACAAGUACUAUAUGCAGAUUAUUCUAAACCAGAAAAUUCCCCAAAUCCAAAAAGAAAGUAUGGGACGGGGGGUGAAAUUGAAGUUUGUAUAUACAAAAGUUAUCUUAGAAAUAUUUUUAAUCCUCCAGUUUCUGCAAAAUAAUUAAAAUAUACAGUAACUGGUUUCUUAAAAUCCUGAAUUUAAUGUAUUAAAUACUUAUUAAAAUUUUUAUAUUGGUGCCUUUUUAAAAUGCAUUGAGAGUGUUGGUUAGCUAUUAUAGCUCUAUAACACUUUUAAUAUGCAUUUUUAAAAAUCACUUAAAAUUGAUUACUAUAUAAUUCAUAUUUGUGUUCUUAGGGCAAAACUUUAGAGCAAUUUCCAAUACAGAAACUUUCAGCUCAGCUGUUAAAGAAAACUUUGGAACCAGAUUUUAAUAUCUUCUUAAUUUCAUAGUAUUUAUGAAUAUCAUUACAAGAUUAUGCAGAUAAAAUAUAAGGCAGAGUGAAAUUUUACCGGUAAAUUGAAUUAUGUUUUUGUUUUGUUUUUAAGGAAGAAUAAAUUCUGUAUCACAGAAGUGGAAUUUUUAGUCAAUAAAAUAACAGUAUUGUUUUGGAUUUUCAUCUCCAGACUAGUAUUGUUCUAGUCUUGGAACCUCUAUUGUCUAAUCUGUGAAUAUUUGAUGGCAUAAUGUAAAAAAGCAGGUAAUCAAUUCUUGAACAAAACUGAGCAGUCAUAUUGCAUUGCUAUUCUCCAAAGCAUAAUCUCAAAUCGUUACAUACCAUGGUUGUGUAUUACUUGCAGUGGAUGUGUUAGGAUGUGACAGUUUUUUUAAUAAAAAAAAAAAAGAGCUGCUGGUUAUACAAAGCAAAUGUCAUAUGACCAAGAAGCUGUGAUAUGCUAGUGUUCUUUUUAUCAUAGUGUAUUGCUAGGCCAAAUAAUGACACCUUGAAUAGUUUUACAUUUAUUGCAAAAACCUAAAACUUUGGAAUUUCCAUAAGGUUUUUAUGUAAUAUUCUAUUUCUAGCUUUUUAGUUUUAUCUUGCUGUACUGUAAGUUUGUGGAUAUUUUUUCACAUGCACUCUUAGGAAUAAGUUCAUAAUUCUGUUUAUGGGCUUUUUCUCCCAUAAUAUUACAUUUGUAUAUUUUCUGUAUAAAUUUGUUGUGAAUUAACCUUUAUCCCAUACAGAGAGUGGUACAUGAAUGACUAGUUUUCUAAGAUGUCCUUUUUAUUGUGAAUAAAAUAUAAAAUUUAGAGGCCCUCUGUUUAGCCACAUAAAGUACAGCAUAUAACUUCACAUAGGUACAAAUAAGCCAGUUUGCAGUGAAUCGGGCCUUUCAAAUUACCUCAAGUGACACACAGUAAGAAAAGCUUCCUGAAUGAGUAGAGGUCACUGAAUUCCCUACUAUGCACUUAUCAGGAUUUUACUUAAUUUACUGGAAGUAGAUUUUUUUUUUUUAAGUGAAUACACUGUAACAAGGAAAGGAAUCUGGGUUUUGGUUUUUUUGAAUUUUUUUGUUUUAAGUAGUUCAAAUUCUGAAACUGUGAUAAAAUUUGACAGUCAAGCACUCUCAGAUUUUCAACGUAAAUCACUUGCCCUUCUGUGUAACAGUUCUUUCUUCUUAAAUUUUGUACUAUCUCCCCCAACCUUUCUCUCAUCUGUCCAUCUCCCUUCCAUCAUUGUCUAUGAAUGCCUUUGCCUCUUUCUUCCUACAAGUUUAAAGAUAGGUCAACUCUUACUUCCAAUUUAUUGGUCCUUAAUUUUUUUGUGAUUUUUGUUGGCUGUGUAAUCUGCUGACAUAUUUUUAUACUCAAGUGUAGUUUUAUAUUAAAAAGAAAAGUGGUUGGAUUAAAAAUACUAAGAUAUAUAACUUUCAUGUUACUUUCACUUUCAAAUAUUGGGUACCUAAAACAUCACUUCAGAAAUUAUGUAAUUGUAUUAUAGCAUGUUUGCCUUCAUUUUUGUUGGGUUUUAUGUUCUGAUUUGGCUUUCCUCUGAAAAUGUAUAUCAUGAAAGACUAGACUUUUUUUGCAAAUAUUUAGAAAGAUUUUAUAAAUGUAGAGCAAAGAGUCUUAACUUUCUCCCAAUUGGGAGAAAAAUGCUUUAACAUUACUAUAAUAAUAUUCCAGGUUUGGAGGGGGUCUUCAGGCUCCAUAUUUGCUCUUAAUACUUGGACCUUUUAGACCAUGUGUUAUUUGCAAUCCCAGAAUGAUUGCUUCUGCUAUUAGUUAAAAAGAUACUAUUCUUUUCUUUUUGUACAAGUGCAAUAAUCCCCUUGAAGUCUUAAAAACUAUGGUGAUUUUUUUUUGUCUUUUCUGACCUAUUCUUUUGUUAGCUAAUGACAAAAAGAAACCCUUGAAAAUCAUAGUAUGUUAAAGGACACAACAAGCAAAGAGGAAAACACUCCACAAUCAAAAGAUUAGAGAAUGUGGAAAACACUGGUCUAAUCUCAUGGUAUCUUUAUUUAGGCUAAAUUUCCGUUGAAUUUACUAUUCUUUUGCCUGGGAAAUGUGUCCUAAAGUAGAAAUUUUUAUAGACUGGAUUUUCUUAUAGACUGAAUUUUCUUCCUUGCCCAAUGCUCUAAAUUAAGAACCUAAUAUUUUUUAUUUCAUUUCUCUCCUUUUAGAAAUGAACUUUAAAAUAAAAGCAAAGCACUUACUUAGCUCAAUUUUAAACACAUAUCACCUAUUGGAGAAAAUUUUUUAAAAAAAUAUUUGGAGUCCUGUUUUCAUACAAAUUUAAGUAAGAAGUAUUUUUCGUGUCAUACAUAUUUAUAUGUAGUGUGCUGAUUUUCUUUUUUUAUACCUGUGCCCCUGUAGUAAAACUGCUGUAAUGUAAAUACAUGUUUUGUUAAAAGAUAACAUUUCUUUGGCAUUUCUUUUAAAGGCAGUUACUGCAUUUGUACAGUAUGUGUCUUGGCCAUUUUAGAUAUUUUUUUCUUUAACAAUACCAAAGGUAAUUAGACUAUUUUAAAGACUAAUUGCUUGACAGUUUCUAGGAUAUUUUGAGUUUUAGAAGCAAAAAAAAGAAAAAAAAAAUAGGUCAAACCAGUAAACCUCAUUUUUUUGAAACUAAUUUGGAGAAAUAAAAACUAUUGUUUAAAAAAGAAAUAUAUAUAUAAAUAUAUAUAUAUGUAAAGCUAAAAUUCCAGACCUUGUAUGUCAGGUUUGCUCAGUGUAAUGUAGUUUUUUUAAGGCUCAAAUACCAUACCUCAGAAAAUGAGGUUUACUAUGGAAAUACUGAAACAGUCUUUGCAGCUGUGUGACAAGUCACUCUACUACAUACUGAUUUGGAGACCUCCGCUAAACAGUUUUAUCACUGCAGACUAAAAUGUGGGACUUGUAUUUUCUUUGUUUUUAAUGCACACACAUACAUGUUUCUGUGCAUGUAUGUGGGUACUGUGUAUAUGUGUAUGAGUGUUGUAAUAUGCAUGUGUGAGUGUGUGUCUGUAUGUGUGUACAACUAAAGAAGCUGCAGAAACUUUGUAAUACUUUGUGAAAAGGAUUAUAUUAUAAAGGUUUGUACUGUCUGAGUGCACAGCUACUGGAAUAAAUUUAGGGAAUCUCAGGAACAAGCAUAUAAUUUGUCCAAGAUUUAUUUCUUCUCAGAAGUGUAAGUGCAGUUUUUAAUUCUGUAUAUUAUUUAAUAUUUUACCAAUAAAAUAAACUUCUGACAUAAAAAGUUUGCUA